GGAAAGGUCGCCCAAUUUUAUCUAUUAUCCGUAGUAUGUGAUACAAACAGAAACAAGUGAACGUAGCAAAGCGAGGGCGGGGCCUGCGUAGGUAUCAGUCUGACGAGCGUAAGGACCUCCCGCUUGCUGCCGCUCGUCCUCCCUUGUGCAGGUUCUCGCAAGCUUCAAGCUCGUAGAAGUAGCCUAGCACGUGCACGACCCGUCGUCUUAAGUACCUAGCUCUGCUGCUGGUUGACCACAACACGAUACUAGCAGAAGAGACAACAUCAAGAUGCAGCCCGUGUCCAGGUUGAUCGCGCUGAUUGCGUACGUGCUAGAGGAGUUCCCGGUGACUCUCAUCCUCCUCUGCUCAAUCGGCCCGUACUUCCGCUCCCUCUUCUACAGUGAGUGGUACAUCGACGAGUUGUUUGCGAUCGUGCGGAACGAAGAUGCGAAGAACGAGAGCUCCUGGGUGUCCGUCUUCAGCCACGACUUCUGGGGGAACCCGCUGUGGGCUAAGGGCGCCUGGACGCACAAGUCGUACCGGCCGCUGACCGUGCUGUCCUACUAUUGCAAUGAAAAAUGCCCCCACCCCCAAAGUGGCAAUAAUUUGCGAUGCGAAGUCUCCAAGUGAAAACUUUUUGUCAUGCAUGAAAGGAGUAUGAAUCUUUCCGAUGAAGAGUCUAGGCGUAUAUAGCAUUGCUUGCAUGAGAAGCGCCGCUCUUGCUGGGAUCUUCUGCAAUACAAAUUUUUGAUAUUCACGAUUGAAAGUCUGUGAUGCUGAUAAAUGCAAGAGGGCGAGUGUUUCAUUUGGAAAGGUUUGCAAUGCAGAUUCUCCCAAGUUCUGGGGCGGGGGCAUUUUUCAUUGUAAUACCUACUGUUUGGAGUUCUGGAAUAUCGGGGAUAUCAAGCCCCAACCCUUACGGGCCUUUUCCAUGUGGCUGCACGCACUGAACAGCGUCUUGCUGUACUUCGUCGCGUUGAAGUUCCACGCGGUCAAGGUCAAGAGGUUCUGCAGCUUUUCCGACGGAACAAGAAAAUCAUUCGUUAGAGCGGCUGGCGGCGGUGGUGGGAUAGUAGAGGACGUGCCAGCGUCGGACAGGCAAGGAAUUUCUGCACCGGGUUCCCCAUCUUCUGCGACCACAGGGGGGGAGAACGAUCUGGAUUUCGCCAGCAGCCCGGUAGUUCUUGGGGGGAAGAAAAAUGGAGCAAAUAGCAGCACAAGCAGCGGGGGCAGUGCGAUAUUUAGUGGGAAAAACUCCUUAAAGACGUACCUCGCAAAAUUCUUCCUGUACCACACCGACGAAGUAGAAGACGUCGUCUUCGCUAGUACAACGACAACAAUAGACGGGAGAACAAGUUCUACUUCAUCUUCCUCCGCAGCAUCUCCUGGAAAUAAAAGCCCUGGAGCUCCUCUUCUCGCCGUCGUUCCGAACGCCUGGGCCAUAACUCUCGCCUGCUGCCUCUUCGCGGCGCACCCGGUCCACGUGGAAAACGUGGUGUACUUGGUCGGGCGCGCGGACAUGAUGGCCACGGUAUUGUGAGGAAAAAUUCCCCCUCCCCAUAUCAAAACGAAGUUUCUGAUGCUGGAUUUGCGUACACAAAUCAGAUUUCUCUUGCAGAAAGUGCUUGGCGGCAUUUUCUAAGCCUGUUCGGGUAUGCAGCAGGCUAGCAAUAGCGCAUGGCAGACAGGUUUGCAGUAGCCGAAAGCGCAUGACAGAUUGGCUUUGGAAUGCGCCACAUGGCUCCUACUGCCCUAUAGGCAAGACAAAGAUGCCCACAAAUCAACACCACAAGUUUUUGUUUUGAUAUGGGGGGGAUUUUUCAUUUUGAUACACGGCCAUCUGGAUUUUGGUGUUCUACGUCUAUCUCGACAGUAACUCCGUGUCCCUGUUUCCCCUGCACGCGCUGCUGUGCUUGACCGCCGGGCUGUGCAAGGAGAGCGGGUUCAUGGUGAUUCCUUUCCUGGUCACAGUGGAAGUGACGCGGCCGAACCGGAACAUUCUGACCGGGAUGCUGUUCCUCGUCAUGUUUCUGCUCAUCUUCGGGUUCCGCAGCUACCUAACCGGUAUGGAUUGUAAAAAUGUCUGGGUCUGGAAACUUGUGAUGCUGGGUGGCGUAUCAUGAAGAGGCCACAAGUGCUGGCUCAGCAGGACAAGCUUUCGAGCUCCUAGGUGUUGCCUAUUCUGCAUGACAAACUGCGUUUCUGCAUGGCAGCAAAAUGGGGCUCUUGGGUAACGUGCAUGACAGAUCUAAGAGUCAUGCCAGACUAGCAUGACAGAUGUCGCAUUUUUCCAGACCCAGACAUUUUUGCAAUUCAUAACCGGGGGCACGUCCGCGGGGUUUUCCUUUGUGGACACGCCGAUCCAGUAUUCCGGGUCGCUGCUCACCCGGACGUUGUCCUACAUGUACCAGCACGCCUUUUACUGCAAGCUCCUGCUCUUUCCCUGGGACCUCAGUUGGGACUACUCCUACGACGCCAUCCCCCUGUUGAAAACGCAUUUCGACGACUACCGUUGUCUGUUGAUUGCCACGGUAUACCUGGGUCUGGUCGCGUUAGUCUCCCGCUUCGCGAACGGCAGGAGACGACAAAGUCGAAGUAGUGGUAAACACCCAUUCGUUGGUCGAGGGGAAGAUUUUGUGCAAACAAGUCCACAAUCCCACCAGGGCUUGGUCGGAGUGUUCUGGGUGUUGGUGCCCUUCCUCCCCGCCAGCAACCUCUUUUUUGUUGUGGGGGUCACGGUCGGGGAGCGGCUACUCUACUGUAGCACCUGCGGGAUUGCAUUCUUCGUGCCCGCGAUCAUCAACCAGCUCUGCAGCGGGUCCAUUCAAUUCUCGAGCAGAACGAAAUCCGGCCUGGGUUUUUUCCCGGCACUCAGUCCGACGACGCGCGCACCUUCCGAGGCCGAUAGCAUGUCCGAUAGCAGCAGUGCGAGCAAGGGGAGAGUGGUAUUAAUAAAGCCGGGAACAACUUUUUUGCGUGUGUAGUUCUGGAGCGUUUUUUGUGGAAUAUUUGUGGAGCAUAUUAUAGGACUUCUGGCACAUCACAUGAUCACAAACAGUUUUUCCCAGGCAUCAGUUGUUUGGAAGUAGUUUAUUUCGCAUGACAAUGUUCUCAAAAUUCGAAAUACAGUCCUCUUCCGCCUCGGCGUCGAAAGCUCCAGCGGGUAUGAUGCGGAUGAAGUAGAGCAGUUCAUCAGUCAGCAUCUGUAAGAUCGCCUUGUAGUGCCGAUGCGUGUUAUUUCAUUCGUUUCGUGUAAUCACGUUUGAUGAUGCAUAGGAUCAAGGUUAUUGUCCGUUCAUCAGGCCGCCGGACAGCAGUUGCAGUUGUUGUGUCUGUACGCAUAAUAAACAGAGCUACUACGGCCUUGAUUGUACUGCUAACUUGCCCUGCUCUGUUCAUCUUUCCUCGCUUCCAUACCCUCCAGAAAGCGUUCCCGCGGCGCGUCGCCCGCGAACAAUGCCCGGAAAAGCAAAAACCAGAACAAUCUAUCGGAAGACAAUCUGAAGCAAAUGCAGAAAACGAGCGGCACCACGACUCCAUCAUCGACGACAAAUAAGUUGUCGGGAGGGUUAGCACAAGAAUCAUCGGCAAAUACUAACUUAAGCUGCUGUCGGAUACUGGUUUUCCUUUUUUCCUUUCUCUGGCUCGCGGCGUUUGUCGUCAACUGCACCAUCCGGGUGGGGCACUGGCGCAAUCGGGAGGUCCUUUUCGGAGUGGACACGGCAAGUUGGCCCCGGAGUCUAAAGUCACAUCACCAGCUAGGAACGGUUUAUCAUAGGGAAAAUCGGUAUUUGUAGUGUGAAAAAUUUCCAGGCCUUUGUAACCUUGUUUGAUUGUAUUUGUGGCGAGCUUUUGAUACUUUUGGUUUUGGUCCUGCAGCUCUGCACGCUAUGUGUGAGAAUGCAGAUGAAUUCAAGUAGAGGAAACAACUGCACAAAAUUCUACAUGGCUGAAUCAUUCUAUCCAACACAAAAACUGAUUCACAGUUGGGAGGAAGCUUUGCACCACUACAACAUGAGCCUGGUGCUGCACGACGACAACGCGCUUACAGACUACUGCAUCGCCCAAGUGUACAUAGAAACCAGUCGGUUUGAGCUUGCGCUCCCGCGGUUCGAAAAAAUCAUGAAGGGCCACGGCAUCGGCUUUGCCGGCUACAACACUUUUGCGCUUUUUGUGGACUACGGGUUCACGCUGACAAUACUGAAAAGGUACUUAUGACAUUGAUGCUUUUCUUAUUUGCCUGUCAUGCGAGCUGGAACCACAGCUGGGAAAGACAGGAGCUUGUGCGCUUGUAGCUUGCGUUCCAUGUCGCAUUUUCAUCUCGCGUAAGUUUCUCUAGUGGCUCUCGAUGUACAAUAAAAUCAGGUAUGAGGAAGCCGUGAACGCAAUCGAGCACGGGUUGAAAAUCAAUGCGGAUCUUCCCUUAUGCCAUGUGAAGAAGAAAGUAGAAUCUGCUGAACGCAGCCUCAAUUAUUUGUGACCGUGACAUCACGUGCGAACUGUUACGAGAUAUCUUCGCGCACCCGCAUUGCAAUGCCACUCUGACUAUGCAUAGAUACUCUUACAAUUUUAGUACAAGAAAUUGAGCUGCAGAAGUUGAGAAGUUUUUCCUCUGCAAAUUUCCACGGGUGGAACGCGCUCGGGGUUGCGUACGGUAAUUUGAACAUGCUCCAGGAGGCGCAAGACGCGCUGGCUAAUGGGUUGAAGUGGGAACCCGAGCAGGCGUUUUUGUGGAGUAACAUGGCUGCUGUGUGGAUGUUGGCCGGGGCGUGGGAGCAUAUCCAAGGGACAGAUUUGGGUCGAGACAGGAUGCUGUGUGGUUUUUCAUUUUUUGCUGAAUUUAUUAUGUACGACGAGCUUUUAAUACAUUAUUGCAGCAGCCUCUGCGUGAGACGUUCGACGGAGAGAACCAGAAUAGCAUGCUCUUAAGAAAGCAGGCAUGAAAAAGAGAAGUGGGAUGGAGAAAUCACUGCAGUUGUUCCGCCCGAAAUUUCCACCGUGAUGAGCUAGGCGCAGAUGGGCUUGGUACACGUUGGUGCUUUGCGAUGAAAAUAAGCUGGAUAAAGCAGUUUUUGCAUGACAGAUGACAGAGCCCGCUCAGAGUUUGCUGGGUAGGUGCUUACCGUUUGUAGCUUUUAUAAAAAAAUGGGACGCCCUCCCCUUAGCCUCUCAACAUGACAGAUGACAGAGCCGUUGCAUUAUUGCCCCGUGAUGCAGACUAGUAUGGGGAUGAUUACUAUUGGCGUCGUGAAGAUAUACAACUGCUAUACAUUAUACAAAUUUCAGGCAAAGGCGUUGGAGAAGGAGCCGGACAACCCCGUUUUCCUGUUCAACCUGCAGAUUCUCUAUGCGGAGAAAAGAAUGCUCAUAAUGGGUAUUUGCGCGCUGCACAUUACAGAUCAUGUUUGUCAUGUCGGGUACUAGUAGCACAAGAUGAUAUAAUCGGGUACUAGUAGCACAAGAAAGAAUGCGCGCCGCUGUUAGUUUUGCACUUGUAAUAAUAUCCCCGUACUUACUUGUCAUGGCGUGGUGAGCUGCGACGGCGUUCUUCGUGCAUGGCAACAGGCUUUUGUCAUGCGCACAUGGAGUCCUCUAAGUCUACUGUCAGGCUCAGGAAUAAUGUGACACUUUUCUCAAUUCCAUACCCUCCAGUUUGCACUGAACGGACAGCCGGAAGUAAUAGAGCAACACAAGCCGAGGCUCGAGCUGUUUUACAACAGGAUGAACUAAAAAUGCAAACCAGUUUCUGUCAAUUUGCGCGGGAAGGAUGAAACAGGUUUCCUUACCGGGCUCUCGACCCGCGUCGACCACGAUGAACCAGCAUAAGUAUAUGGAAUCAUUUUCCAGGUCGCCGGAGCCAGGAUUCAGUUUCACCAUAGGUUUUUGCGCACUUUUGAUUCUGAAGUGGACAACAUGGAACUUGUUGGGCCACUCCGCAGCAAAGAACUACAUUAGAGCGAGUUCUUGAGGACCACAGUGGGCUCUAUUUUUUUUGUGUGAAAUUAAGCCAACGAAAGUAGUAGACCAAGAUCUCAAUGGAUAUUGAGGAGAGCCAGCUGCGAAGAGGCUUUCGCUGCUA